AUGGCGAAAAACGACGCCACUCUAAGGAAUUUAAAGAAUCAAGUGGGCCAGCUUGCUACUGAACUCAGGAACCGACCACAAGGUGCUCUACCUAGUGACAUAGAGAAUCCGAGAAAUCUGGGGAAGGAACAUUGUAAAGCGUUAACAUUGAGGAGUGGAAAGAAAGUAGAGCCUAACAUUGUCGAAGUUGAAAAGGAGCCAACGACGCCAAGAUUUAGAAGAAGUUCAACCAAAAUUGCCUCCAAAGACGAAUCAACUAGAAUCACUCCCAGUAAUGAAACCACCACCACCCUACCCUCAAAGACUUGUAAAUGUACGGAGAUUCAAUUCAAGAAGUUCCUUGACAUACUGAAGCAACUUCACAUCAACAUCCCGUUAGUUAAAGCACUUAAGCAAAUUCCGAACUACGUCAAGUUCAUGAAAGAUAUCUUGUCUAAGAAACGAAGACUUAGAGAAUUUGAGACGCUUAGAGAAUCUAUUGAAGGCAUACAUGGCGGCAACGACGCCACUCUAAGGAAUUUAAAGAAUCAAGUGGGCCAGCUUGCUACUGAACUCAGGAACCGACCACAAGGUGCUCUACCUAGUGACAUAGAGAAUCCGAGAAAUCUGGGGAAGGAACAUUGUAAAGCGUUAACAUUGAGGAGUGGAAAGAAAGUAGAGCCUAACAUUGUCGAAGUUGAAAAGGAGCCAACUGACGCUCAAGAUUUAGAAGAAGUUCAACCAAGUGUUGAAAUUCCAGUUUCACCAGAACCAGAAUCUGCAAAACCCGACAAAGUAACCUCAGGACCAGCUAAUUCUGAUCAACUAACAAUGUCGUUUGAUGCAGAAUUGCCUCCAAAGACGAAUCAACUAGAAUCAGUCCCAGUAAUGAAACCACCACCACCCUACCCUCAAAGACUUGAAAUGAGCGGAGAUUCAAUUCAAGAAGUUCCUUGA